GCCCCUUUUUGCGACGUUUGAGUGCCCUCGUCGUUUCGAUACAGUCUCAUUCAUCUUUAGUAUAACUUUUUUGAUCCGCGUGAGGAUGGCAAGACUUGAUGGCCAAGAGAGGCUGGAGAAGUCGUUGGUUUCCCAGGCAAACAAAAGACUAGAAAUUCACCGCGAGCGCUGGAACCUUGUUUCUGGCGAUUGGAUGCAUGUAAAGUGAAUGACCAACAUGUGUAGAAUGCGAACCAUUGUAUUCACUCAAGCGAAGCGAACGUCGACUCUGGUUCAAGAGCCUCCGUUUAAAGGUGAGUAUGCUAAUCGUGGAUUGCCAGAGUCGACAAGCCACAGCGAUACACCGUUCAAGCAAACCAUAGACUCGGCAUUUUCUACACUCGCGGAGAACGAAACGUCGCCGGCGUCAUUGGAUCAGAAGCCACAAAAACACAGCACGAUAAGAGAAAAAGCAUUACCCACGCCCCUGCAACAUGUGCUACAAACUCUACGUGACGGCCGAGUACGGCUGCCUGCACCUGGGCGUGCACUGGCGUCACCAGCGAUGUCGCGCAGCCAUGCUCCGGGGGCACGAGUGUGGCCGCCGACAGACGACGCACCAGUGGGUCCGGGGCGUGUUCGAGGCCGAGGGCGAGUGCCGGGACUGCCGCGGUCAGGGCGUGGGCGUGGGCGACGUCGUCUACCGCGACGGGGGAGGCCGCCUCGGCCGGCAGAGACGACGUGGCGGGUGGGUCGGUGAACCGGACGUGAUUGAUGUCUAGUGAGAACAUCGGGCGGGAGGCGCGCAACGCGGUGCUGCUUGGGACAAAGUUUGGGUGAACCCGUUUCCUAGAAGAGGAAGGUCGUGCGAAGAUGCAUUUUGGUCUGGUACGGGAGAUCUAGCACUAGAGGACUGGCGCA